AUGCCUCCGUCGAAGCGCAAUAGAGUCGUCCCGACGUCCAAGGUGCGGAAAAACAGAAAAGAGCUGGUCCGCCGCCUCGCUGCAAAUGUGCAAGACGCCGCCGAAAAGUACUCGUACAUCUGGGUGUUUGACGUCCAAAACACCCGCAACAACUUCCUCAAGCAGGUCAGAGCGGACUUUGGUGACUCGAGGAUCAUGAUGGGCAAGACUAAAGUCUUGAUGGUGGGACUGGGACAGACGGAGGAGACCGAGUGCGUACCCGGGGUCCGUGCCCUGGCUCCGUAUGUGAAGGGCGAGGUCGGGCUGCUUUUCACAGACCAAGAACCCGAGAAGAUUGAAGAAUACUUUGCAGAUUGGUUGAAUCAGGACUUUGCCAGGAGUGGCAACGUCGCCACCCGGGACGUUAGGAUACCUCCGGGGGAGAUUCAUACUCAGUAUGGCGUCGAAGGCGGUGAGGAUGAUCCCCUCCCCGUCCAGAUCGAACCGACGCUUCGAAAACUAGGGAUACCCACUCGUCUCGUCAAGGGCAAGGUCGUGUUGGAAGAGCACCCGGACGGGUCGAUGGACGAGGAAGAGGGGUACCUUGUCUGCAAGGAGGGAGAUACGCUCGACUCACGACAGACGUCCAUCUUGAAGAUUCUGGGUGUGCGCAUGUCGGAGUUCAGAAUCGGGUUAAGGGCAGUAUUUGACAAGAGCACGUCGACGGUGCGGGAACUCGGGGCUAUGGAGGUUGACGACACCAAGAUUUCGUGA